AUGAAAACCAAUUAUAACCAGGACUAUCCAUACUAAGACUCACUAAAUUUCUUUUCCACCACCAGUUCAUCUACUCAAAACGCUCAAAAAAAUUUUAGGCCAUAUAAUCCAUAACAGGUAAAAGCACAGAUAGAAGGUGCUGUAGAUACUCAACUUAUCUAACCUUAAACCUUUGCAUAUAAUAUUUAGUAGAGUGCAUACGGAAACCAUUAGCAUAUCUAAAAAUAGAUAUUAAAUAGCCAAUAGAAUUAGAAUCAGGCAUUAAGUUAAAAUUUUAACAAUAGUAAUAUCAUUAAUAAAAAUUAAGCAAUCCAUACUAAUAGAUAAAGCAAAGGAUAAAACUCUAAUAACAAUACUUCCUCUGGAAACAGUAACUUCAAUGGCAAUAAUGCUACUACUACUACUAUGCGGGCAGGAGAUUGGAUUUGUUUAAUUUGUAAUAAUUUAAAUUUUUCAUUCAGAAAUGAAUGCAACAGAUGUAGAAUCUAAACUAAGCAAUAAAAUUACAUAUAAAAUAUGAUGAUUUGCUCAUAAGACAAAUUAAAUUCCACUUUCAAUCCUUAGUUAGUAAUUCCAACACCUUAAUUAAUCAACUAUGAAAUUGCUCAAGAAUAGCAAUAAUAAAAUCACUAAAUCUAUCAUCGAAUUCAGCAGUAAUAAUAGGCAAUUUAGAAAUCUCACUCUCAAAAUUAAUAGUUUUAAUAACCAUUUAUCCCUUUGUUAAAUAUGAAUCUUAAAAAAGCCAAUUCAGAAAAGGAAAAUAAGGAGCCAUAACCAAGCUUUACCAUGGCUAAUGGAGCUCCCUUGGGAACAUAAAUUAACAUGGUUAAUAUAAAUAAUCCUAAUCCAAGUGUAUUACAAACUAGCUAUAACCAAGAUGCUUAAACUUCUAAGGGAUCUUUUAAUAACAGCUAUUUAGCCAAUUAAGGUGCUAAUUAAAACGCUUCUUUUUAAUUUAAUUAAAGCUUAUAAAGCGAGUGCAUUAAUCUCAACACUCCUUAGCUUUUUUAUCCAAAUAAUAACUAAAAAUUCAAUGAUUUCAAGUAAAACUAAUAUUAAUAUCUUUAAAAUUAAAAUUAGUAACAGCUAUAUAAUUCCUCCCAAAUUUCAAAGUUAAAUGAUUUAAAUAAUUAGCAACAAUUUAAACAAAAUUUUCAGUACAAUUUUAACUAAAUCUCUAAUUAAUCACAGUAUUAACAACCCUGUUAAUUUGAAAGUUAAAAUUUCUAAUUACCAUUUUAAUUUAAAUAAAACAUAUCUUAAAACCAACAACCAGAUAAUUCAUCUCAAAUCAAUGGUAACAUACUUAUUUCUUAAUAAGAAAUUUAUUAGUAAAGAUAGAUGCAUUUUAUGAUGUAUUAACAAUAAUUACUCCUGCAACAAUAAAAAAAUCCAGCUGUUUCAUAAAAUUUAAAUUAAACCCCACAUUUGCUUAACUUUCCCUAAGUUAGCGGUUAGCCACUAUAAAAUGAGCUAUAAAAUUAGUUUCAUUAUCCUAAAAAUAACAUGUAAUAGUUUUUAAUAGAUAAUAAUAAUAAUAAUACUCAGAGAAGUCAGCUAAUUGAGUCUUAAGAUGAUUCUUAAAAUCAAAUGCAGAGUGAUCAGACUUAAAAUUAAUAAACAUAUUUUUAGUAGUAAUAAUGUACACAAGAGCACAACAAGUACGAAGCAAAGUGUGAAAAGGAAAAAUAAUUUGAAUAUUAAUUAAAUUCUAAGGAAGAAUCUAAAUAUUAAUAAAGUGUUGUUCUUUAAUCAGAAUCAAAAUAACAAUAAUAAAGUUUUUAUUUUCCCCAUCAAAUAAAUUUUCUUUAGAAAUCUAUGGUUUUUUAACAACCUUAGGGCUUAACUUUAAAUAACUUUAAUGUAAUUUAAAAACCUUCAAAUGUGUUUUAACAACAGUAAUAAUAAUAAUAAUAAUUACCAAGUAGGAAUCAAUAAAUAUCUUAGGGGGUAAAUGAAAUUUGUGGAAUCAAAACAAAUAAGACACUUUGCAAUGGAAAUUUCAGUAAUCAGGAACAAAAUUCUGAAAUAAAUAAACAUGUAUCUUAGCCAUUUCCAUAACCUCAAAAUUGCACAACUAAUUCAUUCUAUUCUUUGAAUUUGUGGUCUGGACCCUAGAAAGGAUAUGAAAAUAGGCUUCUUGUUACCCCUCCAAAAGCAAAGCAAUUUCAAUAGUAAAACCUUCCUCUCUCUGAUAUAGAAAACCUAAUAACACAAUUUAAGCUAAUGUAUUCAACAGAAAAAAAAUCUCAAGCUAAGAGUAUACAUAGCGAUAACAAAAGUGAAAGUCAUUCAACUUUUUUCGGAUCAACUUAAAAAGAAAUUCCAAAUUCAAAUAAAAGUCUUAACUUCAAAGAAUACUAAGAAGAUUUAAUAUAAGAGAAAGGAGAAAUUUAAAUUUUAAAUCAAGGACAAUAGAAUGAAGAAACUAAGAGUCCUGAAAAAAUUGUAAAACAAAUAGAUUUUAAUGAAGAUAAUACUCUAGAUAAAGAUGAAAUUGAAAACCAAGAGUUAAAGAAUAUUAAAGAAAAUCGACUAAAUCUAAAAAUGACAUAGAAAACUCAAAAAAUUUAUAUUGAAAAAUAUUCAAAUGAGAAAGAAGAUUUUGUAAACCAUGAAAACUAAUUGUAAAACAGUUAGUAAAAAUUUAAUAAUCGUAAUGAAGAAGAAUCAGGAAGUAAGCAUUAUGAAAAAAAAUCGUUUAAAUUUUAAUAAUCAGAAAUUAUUCUAUUUGAAAAAGAAAAUUGUAAAGAUUGUGAAAAUAGAAAUUAAGCAGAUUAAAAUGCUGACGUAUCAUAAAUAUCAACAUAAAUUCUUUCAAAGUAAAGCACAAAAGAAAAAUGUGAUAAAUAUUUAUCCUUAGAUGAAAUCAUUACCACUCCAUUAAAAUAAGUUGAAGAUUAAGAAACAGAAAAUGCAAUUGAGUUGUAAAAAUAUUCAAAUAAUAAUUCAGAAACGAAAUAAACAAUCAGUUAAAUAGUUUGA